AUGCUCGAGGCAGCCAAGACGAGGAUGGAGCAGGACCUAGGCGACGGAUCUGGCUCUGCUAUGAUUCUGGGCGGGUUUCUCUCCCCUAGCCACGAUCUUUACGUGGGCGAGAAACUAAAGGGCGAAGAUCUGGUACUGAACUCAAAGGAGCGUUUGGAACUCUGUCGACUGCAGACCGCAGACUCUAACUGGAUUGAUGUCGACGCCUGGGAAUCAAACCAGGACCGUUUCUAUGACUAUCACAAGGUCACAUCGAGGCUGCAGCAGUUUCUGCAGGAAAAGUGCCAGUCGAUGCUUGAGCACAAGAUGCGCGCUUUGCUGCAGGACCAGCAGAGUCAACAACAAACACAAAAAUCUUUUGCUCAGAUGGUUCCACAACGAUCAGGGUCACUCGAGUCGAGCAGGAACCCGUUCAACAUCAGGGUCGUAUACCUCUGUGGAGCAGACUUUGUACUCCGGACCGGGGCACGCAAACUCGUAGGUGGCAUUGUAGUCGUAGAUCGACCCCUUGGCGCGCCCUCCUCCAACAGGCGAUCGAUCCUCUUGACCCAGACGGGCGGAUCCAUCUCUGUGCCAGUCUCGAAUCAGAUUGACAAGCAUGAGGAGGCCGCAGCCAACGGCAACGCCACCAAUGCAACACCGACCAUGACCUUGACGGCCAAGCAGCGUGUCUUUAAGCGAUUAGAGCAGUCGUACGGAUCUGAAUGGUGCGAGGCGAGUAGGAACAACAUUUGGUGGCUCCCUGCUAGAAGCCGCACCGAAUCCGAGGACAUCAGCUCUACCAGGAUACGCAACCUACUUUCGGAUCGAAAGAGUUGCCAGGGCUUGCUUCACCCCUUGGUGGCCCAGCGACUACUUGAAAAGAAGGCUCGCCAAGAUGCUGCCUAA